CCCCUACCCAACUAAAUAUCCCACCUUCAUGCAAUAUUAGUAGAAAUACCCCUCCUCCAUCCCUCUUCACUUCCACACAUCAUCCUUCAUCAUCCAUCCCUCAAAACACAAACACUACAUACCCAAAAAUGGCAAGCACUACCCUACAAGUGAAAGACGAGCGAGCCGGGGCUGAGAUCGUGUACGGGGCCGAAGAGUGCCAAAAGCAAUCCCAUGAACUCCUACAAGAAAUGGGGUUCCCUAAGGGUGUAAUGCCCUUAAAGGAUCUUGUAGAGUGCGGAAGAGUACGCGAAACCGGUUUCGUGUGGAUGAAACAGAAGGCUCCCUCCGAACAUUACUUCGAAGAGAGCAAGACACUAACUAGCUACGCUACAGAAGUAACGUCGUAUGUAGAGAAAGGAAAGAUGAAGAAGAUGACAGGGGUUAAGAGUAAGCAAUUGUUAAUGUGGAUUACUAUAACUGAGAUGAGUGUUGAUGAUCCUUGUUCGGGUAAGAUUCACUUCAAGACUGCUGUUGGUAUUGGCAAGUCUUUUCCUAUUACUGCUUUUAUGGAUCCUGAAGAGAAGGUUAAGUACUUGGAGAAUAAGAAAUCUGAUCAAAACAAAAAGUGAUUGGUUUCCUUUAUUUGUUUCGAUAAAAUCCGACUAUAUGCUUGACUUCUAUCUCCCGUUUUAGUUAAUUUAUAUUACGAGUAUCAUUUUCUAUGUUUUAUGUAUGUAUAUGCUAUUGGCUUCUUGAAAAUUCAAGGUUGAAUGAAGCCUUUAUUUUUUCAAAAAUAAAUUCACUAUUUGAACAUUAAUGGAAGCCAAUGCAAAGAUCGAGUAUAUAUAUGUCAUUAAUUAUCUUUAA